AUGGAGUUUCUAAGCUUCCGUGAAAUAAGGUUUGCUGACCCAGUCACUGCACUCAAACUAUCGGUAUCUCAUCUCUUCUAUGGAACUGCAAUGGGAAGACUUGUAUUCUACAGCAUUAAAGACAAAACAGAGAGUGUUCCUUUAGAAUACCUUCAAGAGCUCAUCAGAGGUAUCUCUCAUUCAAAAGACGGUGAGAAGCUCUACAUCAGUGUUGGAGAUAUCGAGGGUAUCAUCUAUGAUUCUCGUAGUCUUAGUCCAGAAUGUACGAUUCAGUUAAUCGAGCAGCCUGAGAGCGAAGAGCAUAAGCUUGCUUGAGAAAGAUCAUACACAAUGCUUCAUGAAAAUUUAAACUGAAUUCUUUCCAUAAAGCUUGACGAUGAAAAAAUCAAUAAUCAAGAGGGUGAAGCCAAACCAGUAACUAUUGCUGAUUUUGAUACCCAAAUCGUAGACCAAAAGGGCAAAUUUGAGUUUAACCAUAACUCAGUUCCCUUUGAUUUCGACGGGAGAAAAAUCAUCUGGAUGGACUAUAUCAGCACAAAAAAUCGUAAAAUCUACAUCUACGAUAUUCUACAGGAUGAAAGGAGCGAAGUAAUGGACUUAAAGAACUCAGAUGGACUUGUAUAUCAUGUCAAAUUAUUUAAGAACUUCAUGAUCUAUGUUCGAAACUCUAAAGAAGUAGUUGUGAUCAAUCUAGAGACUAAAGACCUAACCUCACUUGGAAAAGCACAAAAUCAAAUUCUGGCCUUACAUGUUUAUGAUACUGCUGUAACAUCUUAUGACAAAGAAGUUUUGGAAAGAGAAGGUGUUGUCCCAAGUAAGGUUAUUGAAGAUGAGGAGAACAAAGAAGGAUAUGCCACCGACAAUGAUGACUAUAGGAUUGCAACAGUCGACUCCAAAGGAAACAUCAACCUCUUUGUUCAUGAGCAAGGUGUGAAUACAAAACACAUAUUUGAUAUUAAAAAGUCAAAAGAUUUUCCAGAGGAUUUGCUGAAGAAAGAUUUCUUCAGCAUGGGAUAUCCUUACUUGAUCACUGCUUAUUAUGAUCAAGUUGCUUUUACUUCAGACUAUGGAGUACUCCUUUUCAAGCUAGAUAACAGCAUUCUGUCAUAAUAACUCAAUAAAAUUCAAUAUAAGGAACCUAAA